AUGCCCGCAGCCAACAUGGGCGAAAAAGGCAAAGAAACGGUCAAAACAGCUGGGACAGUUAAGCGAUACUUUAAAGGCCAACUGAACCACUGGAAGUCGUUCCAAGACGAAGUGUUGACCUUUUGGACAGACGACCAAACGGUUGACGCUUUAGGUCGUUGCGACCACCUUCCCGUCGGAGUAGAUCACUCAACUGUCGGAGAGCUCAAUCCAUACGCGAUGUACUUCGGUGAGCGCAUACAGUGCGGAGGUGAGAUCACCAUCUCGGGUAGAUUCUACUCGAACGCACUUGAGCAUGUCGUACGUUGCGUCGAGACACUGGGCCAACACGCAGGCUUUGGGCCCAAAGAAGUUGUCUUUGGCGAUUCGUGGAUUCAAUAUGUUUCGGAUCGUGUACCAGGCCAACAGCCCGAUAUUCUUGGCCAGUUUCGUGUCGGUAAGAACAAGCAUGAGGUACGUCUUCUGGGGGAAGUGAAGUUCCCCCUCACCGUUGACAUCGCUGAUAUGGUCAAGCUCGUGUUGGAAGGAGAUACAAAACAGUUCUGUGAGAUCCUGGGUCAGGUCGUGAACUACAUGCUGGGUCAUCGCUUGAAAUACGCGUUUCUGACGAAUUACCGGGAAACCACUUUCUUGAUGUUGCACCACAUCAGGACAGGCCACGGCACAUUGGAGUCACGGAUCGCGUUUUCCAACCCGAUCAUGUUUGAUGACACUGUAAACAUACACCAGAAACGUAUCAGUGUACGACUUGCACUGUUAUAUUUGAUCCAUAAGACGGGGAACAACACGAACAAGAAGAGUAAGAACAAGGACGAUGAAAAUCAUUCCUGGCAAAUCUCGGAACUCGCUUGUAAAGUCACUGAGAAAUGGAUC